AUGCUUCUCACGAAGCGGGGACGCACGUGGACGUGGGCUCACACGCAGGGCGCUUGCCGUUGCUUGUCCGCCAGGCUCUACGUGAAGAAGUGCCUGGGCUGCUCGGAGCGCAUCGCCCCCGAGGAGCUGGUGAUGCGCGCGCUGGACAGCGUCUUCCACGUGCGCUGCUUCGUGUGCGUCGUGUGCGGCGCGCGCCUGCAGAAGGGCGACCAGUUCGUCAUCAAGCAGGGACAGCUCUUCUGCCGGCCCGACUACGAGAAGGAGGUCGAGAUGCUGCAGGGCUACGCCCAGGCCAAGCAACAGAGAACUCUUGAAGGAAAUUUUUAG